AACGAAAUUCUCCAUUAAUAUUAUUAGGGUUGUAAAUCCAUUGGAGAUAAUUAGAAGAAAAGAAUGUUUCGUUAUUUUUCCCAAAGGAAUUUAUUAAUUGUCUUUGGAGUGUCUAACAAAAUGACAUUAUGCGCACUUUCCUUUCAACAGUGAGUAUUCACUAACUGCUAGGCAGUUAGAAUGAAUUUUCCAGGUGAAAGGCGCACAGAAAUUCGUAUCGCAUUGGCUAAAAUAGCAGACCUAGUUCUUUUGGCAAAGAUUUCUAACUCUUAUCAUUUUUGCAAAUAAAAUAAACAAAAAAAAAAACAUCUUCCUUUCACGAACAAAAAUAAAAACAGAAAAUGAAAGGAGAACUUUUUCGUCCACUUUCUCCAAAAAUUAAGUUUAGAGAAAAUUUUCUACAAGCAACGGCAAAAAUUUGCAAAUACAAAGGACGACAGAUGACAGCAGGACAAAUAAACAUUGACUGCUUUUCAAAAGCAACAUGCAUGUCAGAUGGAAAUAUCAAAAAAGUACCAUCCUGUCCGAGGUAUUUCUGUCUUCCCAAGAGCAAAGUGACAGGGUACAAGCGAUUUGAAACAAAUCAAUCAUUUCCCCAUUGUUGUGGUGGAGAAAUUUGCGAAGAAAAGUACAAGAGUUUUUGGUAAAAAAAAAAAUAGAAAGCAAAAAAUAAGCGAGAGAAUAGCGAUAUUCAGUAUUAUUAGAAAUAAACAAUGCGAAACGAUUCUUUAUAUUGUAAGCAUAUUUUUGAUAUCUCUCUACUUAUCAAUAUAAUUUAUCACCAAUUUAUCAUUUUUAUACUUUGAUUAAAUUGUCUAUUACUUUAUAACACUCUAGUCUUAACAAUUUGUAAAUAUUUCAA